AUGUCAGUGGCCACCUCUGUGAGAGAUUCUGCCUCUCUGUGGAUAAACCAAGUGGCCUUGAAAAAGGGUAAGAUAAAGUUUCAGACUUGGGCUCAGCAGAAGGACUUAAGGCUGGGGCCAGUGCCAGGAUCCUCAUGUAUCCAUUUGGGAAUUGUGAUAUUGUUGGUGAUUUUUCUGCCAAGUAUGUACUGUGACCAGGGAUCAGUAUAUUAUACUUUCUAUGAAAUAGUUAUUCCCAAGUGGCUGAUAGUUCAAGAAAGGGGUGGCUCAGAGAAAAAUACAUCAUAUAUGAUAUCGAUGCAGGGCAAGAAACAGCUGAUUCACCUGAAAGUGAAGACAGACUAUUUUAUCAAGAACUUUCCAGUCUUCAGCUACCACAAUGGCAUCCUGGGACAAGAAAUGCCUUUCAUCUCACAUGGCUGUCACUAUGAAGGCUACAUAGAAGGAGUCCCGGGUUCUUUUGUUUCUGUCAACACCUGUUCAGGCCUCAGGGGCAUCCUGAUUAAGGAGGGAAAAUCCUAUGGCAUUGAGCCCAUGGACUCUUCAAAACAGUUUGAACAUGUGUUGUACACCAUGGCCCAUCAAGCUCCAGUCUCCUGCAGUGUCACUUCCCAAGACAGCCCAGUGGUGUCCGCCAGCCGACAACAAGGGAGCAGGAAGCCUGGCGGUCUACAGGAGCUGUCCUCCUUGUGGUCACUCACCAAGUACGUGGAGAUGUUUGUUGUGGUCAACAACCAGCGAUUCCAAAUGUGGGGCAGUAACGUCAAUGAGACGGUCCAGAGAGUGAUGGACAUCAUUGCCCUGGCCAACAGCUUCACUAGGGGCAUAAACACACAGGUGGUGCUGGCUGGGAUGGAGAUUUGGACUGAGGGGGACCUCAUUGAGGUCCCCGUGGACCUGCAAGUUACACUGGGAAAUUUCAACAGCUGGAGACAAGAGAAGCUCCUCCAUCGUGUGAAGCAUGAUGUUGCCCACAUGAUUGUCGGACAGCAUCCUGAGCACGGUAUGGGACAGGCAUUUCUCAGUGGUGCCUGUUCCCGUGGUUUUGCAGCAGCUGUUGAAUCCUUCCCUCAUGAAGAUGCCCUCCUGUUUGCAGCGCUCAUGGUCCAUGAGCUUGGGCACAACUUGGGUAUUGGGCACGACCACUCAGCCUGCAUUUGUAAAGACAAGCACCUCUGCCUCAUGCGUGACAAUAUCUCUAAAGAAAGCGGCUUCAGCAACUGUAGCUCUGACGACUUCUACCAGUUCCUCCAGGAUCACAGAGGGGCCUGCCUAUUUAACAACCCUCAGCGGCACAAAGGCCGCUUGCGUAGGGAUUCCUACUGUGGAGAUGGUGUGGUGGAGGGUGAGGAGCAGUGUGACUGUGGUUCUGCCUGUUACACUGACCCGUGCUGUGACCAAACAUGUAGCCUGAAGGGGAGUGCAGAAUGUAGUGAUGGACUCUGCUGCUUUGGUUGCCAAUUGAGAAAUAAGGGAUUUGUGUGCCGUUCUGCCUCAGGAGAGUGUGACCUCCCAGAGUAUUGUGAUGGCAGCUCUGCAGAGUGCCCCACAGACACCUAUAAGCAAGAUGGUACACCGUGCGAUAGACUGCACAUCUGUGUUGGGGGUCUAUGUAGAAACCCUGAUAAUCAAUGCAUGGCUAUAUAUGGGAACGCUGCACGGUCUGCCCCAGAAAACUGUUACAUUUUAAUAAACAGCAAAGGGGACCGGUUUGGAAACUGUGGCCAUCCCACUUCGGCAAUGCCAAGAUAUGUUAAGUGUUUUGAUGAUAAUAUAUUUUGUGGGAAAAUUAUAUGUACAAAUAUUAGACGGGUCCCAUCCAUCCAGCCCCAUCACACACUGAUCCAGAUUCCUUAUGAAGGUGACUUCUGCUGGAGCUUGGAUGUCUAUAACAUUACUGAUAUCCCUGAUGAGGGAGAUGUGCACUCUGGCACUGCUUGUGCCCCAAACAAAGUCUGCAUGGAUUACUCCUGCACUGAUCAUGCUGUGCUCAAGUAUGACUGCAAACCAGCAGAAAUGUGCGAUGGGAGAGGAGUCUGUAACAAUUUAAGGCACUGCCACUGUGAGGCUGGCUAUGCACCGCCUAACUGCAGAACCCCAGGAAGUGGGGGCAGUGUGGACAGUGGUUCUCCUACUAAACCAACUGAUGAAUUUCUAAGUGUAGGUGAAGGUUCCAGUCCUCAAUUUAAGAUCGAGUUUCCAAAACUUGGUGUUUUAGUUUUCAUACUCCCUGCAUUUCUUUUUAUGUUAUUGCUAUUAAUAAUAUGUUGUAUUAGUCUUAACGCUGCAAUUGAAUCAGUAGAGACCCCAGGUGCAUCCCCAACACUGAGUACAGAGCACACAUCAGAUAUGGUCCCAUCAGAGGCAAUCGCAGAGGAGGGCCUCCCACCAGGGGAGCCCCCACCACCAGGGCAACCCCCACCACCAGGGGCGCCCCCACCACCAGGGGCGCCCCCACCACCAGGGGCGCCCCCACCACCAGGGGCGCCCCCACCACCAGGGGCGCAGCCACCACCACCAGCAGCGCCCCCUCCACCAGCAGCGCCCCCUCCACCAGGGGCGCCCCCUCCUCCAGCAGCGCCCCCUCCACCAGCAGCGCCCCCUCCACCAGCAGCACCCCCUCCAUCAGCAGCGCCCCCUCCUCCAGCAGCGCCCCCUCCACCAUAG